ACGAAGGUCGGUGACCGCCGCGGUGCGCGCCUUAUCAGAGUGCAACAGAAACUGCGCUCUGAAUACCUCAGCGGGGACCGCCACCCCUCGGCGCUAAUUGCCGAGGUCGCCGGCGGCGCAACGCAACGGUGCGGCGAGCAUGUGUGCGCCCGGCUCGCGUGACGUCACCCCUGGAGGGUGGAGGGGGGGGGGGUUGUCCCUCCCACCCACGUAUAUAAGCGCGCCGCCGGGCGGGGCGGGGCAAGUACUCGGCCGCGAGCCACACGAGAGGAACAGUGCGACGAGUGUCCGUUUGUUAGUGUCGAGGAGGAUCCAGCCGACGAGAUGUGCGACGACGACGUGGCGGCGCUGGUGGUGGACAACGGCUCCGGCAUGUGCAAGGCGGGGUUCGCCGGCGACGACGCGCCCAGGGCGGUGUUCCCGUCCAUCGUGGGUAGACCCAGGUACCAGGGCAUCAUGGUGGGCAUGGGCCAGAAGGACAGCUACGUGGGCGACGAGGCGCAGUCCAAGAGGGGCAUCCUCACGGUCAAGUACCCCAUCGAGCACGGCAUCGUGACCAACUGGGACGACAUGGAGAAGAUCUGGCACCACACCUUCUACAACGAGCUGCGCGUGGCGCCCGAGGAGCACCCGGUGCUGCUGACCGAGGCGCCGCUCAACCCCAAGGCGAACCGCGAGAAGAUGACCCAGAUAAUGUUCGAAACGUUCAACACGCCCGCGAUGUACGUGGCCAUCCAGGCUGUCUUGUCGCUGUAUGCCUCCGGACGAACGACUGGCAUCGUGCUGGAUUCCGGUGACGGUGUCUCGCACACUGUGCCCAUAUACGAAGGCUACGCCCUGCCGCACGCCAUCCUGCGACUGGACCUGGCCGGCCGCGACCUCACGGACUACCUGAUGAAGAUCCUGACGGAGCGCGGCUACAGCUUCACCACGACGGCGGAGCGCGAGAUCGUGCGCGACAUCAAGGAGAAGCUGUGCUACGUGGCGCUGGACUUCGAGCAGGAGAUGGCCACGGCCGCCGCCUCCAGCUCGCUCGAGAAGUCCUACGAGCUGCCCGACGGCCAGGUGAUCACGAUCGGCAACGAGCGGUUCCGCUGCCCCGAGGCCAUGUUCCAGCCGUCGUUCCUGGGCAUGGAGUCGUGCGGCAUCCACGAGACCACCUACAACUCUAUCAUGAAGUGCGACGUGGACAUCCGCAAGGACCUGUACGCCAACACGGUGCUGUCCGGCGGCACCACCAUGUACCCCGGCAUCGCCGACCGCAUGCAGAAGGAGAUCACGGCGCUGGCGCCCUCCACCAUGAAGAUCAAGAUCAUCGCUCCGCCAGAGAGGAAGUACAGCGUCUGGAUCGGCGGCUCCAUCCUCGCCUCGCUGUCCACCUUCCAGCAGAUGUGGAUCUCCAAGCAGGAGUACGACGAGUCGGGCCCUUCCAUCGUGCACAGGAAGUGCUUCUAGGCCUCAGCGGACACUCGCUUUAGAUGUUUAUAACGCUGAAGAACAAAAAAAAAAAGUGCUCCAGAGAUUUAUUUAUAUAACAUUUGUUAACUUGUUGAAGUUAUAAUAAAAACUAUUUAAGACUGUC